UCCUGAGUGCUGGGAUUACAGGCAUGCGCCACCACACCCGGCUCCAACUCCCUUUGCUAAACCCUUAACUACCCCCUUACCGGAGGGUCCCUGCCUCAGCUGGCCCAGUGUACCCCACUCCUGUGUGCAGCUGUAAAGUAGGGCUGGGCCCUGAGCCAGCUGUGGCCACAGCUGCUUGCUGUCUGAUUGCAGAACAUGGCUACGGAGCUGUUUACAGAGGACUUGGGGUGGAGGUCACAUCAGUUGUGCUGGGAAGCCACCUUCUCCCGGGCUGUGCCCUGAGGGCAGCCCUGUCCUGCCCGGUCAGGAGGCGCUGGGAGAGGAGGGGUGACAGAGAAGGGAGCUGCCGCUGCCUGGGCCUUUUCUGUCCUCCCCUGCGAGGCCCUCCUCUGCAUUCCUGUCCUUAGGUUCUGGAGCCACCCCUGAACUCAGAGCGCAGGGUUUUCCUUUUUGAGUCAGGUCUCGCUAUGGAGCCCAGGCUGGCCUUGAACUCACAGUGGUCCUCUGGCCUCAGCCUCCUCAGGGCCGGGAUUGCAGGCGUGCGCCGCUGUGCCUGGCUCAUAUGAGAAUUCUUGUUUUUAUCACAAGCCAGCUCAAGUUGGCCCCCUUUCCUCGCAACCAUAGAGGUCCUCUGCGGCCGUCCAGCUGCGCUCUGGGCCAGCCACUUGGCCUCUUCCCUUGGGCUCUCAUCUGUGAAAUGGAGCCGAUAGCAGCGUUCUGAGCCUACCAUGCCACUGGGGCUUGAGUCAGAACAGUGUUGUGACGCUAGGUGCUCCCACACGGGGACCCCCCCUCCACCUUCUGCAGCCUUGGCGGGGACUGGUCCUCGGAAGGAGGGCAUAGGCUCUGCUGGAUGCUCCAGGCCGGCCAGCCCGCCCUACCUGUAAGUGAAACCACCCCAAAAAGGAACGAAAACCUCGAGCAAGUCACUUCCGCCUCACUUCGGUCCUCGGCGGUCCCAGAGGGCGUAUCAGGCAGGGACUGGCAUGCUCCUCUUGGAGACACAGUCGUUCCAAUGAGCUCCUCUCAGCUGGGCUGGCGAGGGACCCGCUGUCCCAGGUUGACAGACUUGGUUCUGACUGCAGAAAGGUCAGGGCCCCCGUUUUCUUGAUGGAUGUCUUCUUGCUCUUUGAAACGCGAACUCCCCAAGGCCAGCCAGACCGGUGCAUUUCCGAAACGGCCGACCCUGUGGGUUGGGACAUGUGACGGGACUUGACGGAGAGAUCAAGCAGGGCCCACGACAGCCCCAGCGGAAGACGGAUGGCGGGGCUCAGGAUAAAAGCGGUGGCCCAGGGCCGUGGCUGGGUCUCGGGCCAUGCUGCUCCUCGGGCUGCUGCUGCUGGCGCUGCUGGCUGGCGCCCGCCUGCUGUGGGGCCAGUGGACGCGCAGGGGCCUGCACCUCCCGCCUCUGGCCCCCGGCUUCCUGCACCUGCUGCAUCCCAACCUCCCCAGUCACCUGCUCAGCCUCGCCCGCGAGCUCGGACCCAUCUACAGGCUGCGCUACGGGCUGCAAGAUGUGGUGGUGCUGAACUCCCAGCAGUCCAUCGAGGAGGCCAUGCUCAGAAAGUGGGUGGACUUUGCCGGCAGACCCCAGCUGCUGAGCUCCAAGAUGGUGUGUCAGCACUGCCCGGACCUGUCGCUGGGGGACUACUCCCUGCUCUGGAAGGCGCACAAGAAACUCUCGCGCUCGGCCCUCCUGCUGGGCACCCGCCACUCCAUGGAGCCGCUGGUGCAGCAGCUGGCCCAGGAGUUCUGUGAGCGCCUGGGAGCCCGGGCCGGCGCCCCUGUGGACAUCCACAAGGAGUUCUCCCUGCUCACCUGUGGCAUCAUCUGCUACCUCACCUUUGGAAGCAAGGAGGACACUUUGGUCCAGAACAUACACAGCUGUGUCCAGGACUUGAUGAAUGCCUGGGAGCACUGGUCCAUCCAAAUUCUGGAGAUCGUCCCCUUUCUCAGGUUCUUCCCCAACCCAGGUGUCCGGAGGCUGAAGCAGGUGGUGGAGGCCAGGGACCACAUCGUACAGCAGCAGCUGCGGCAGCACAAAGAGAGUCUGGUGGCCGGGCAGUGGAGGGACAUGCUAGACUACAUGCUCCAAGGGCUGGGGCAGUCCAGAAAGGACUGGGGCUCCGGACAGCUCAGGGAAGGACACGUGCACAUGGCCAUGGUGGACCUCUUCAUCGGCGGCACGGAGACCACGGCCACCACGCUCUCCUGGGCUGUGGCUUUCCUGCUCCACCACCCCGAGAUGCAGCGACGUCUCCAGGAGGAGCUGGACCUCGAGCUGGGGCCUGGUUGCUCUGCCUCCCAGCUCCCCUACAAAGACCGCAUGCGGCUGCCCUUGCUCAACGCCACCAUAGCAGAGGUGCUGCGCCUGCGGCCCGUGGUGCCCCUGGCCCUGCCCCACCGUACCACCCGGCCCAGCAGCAUCUUUGGCUAUGACAUUCCCAAGGACACGACAAUCAUCCCUAACAUCCAAGGUGCCAACUUGGACGCGGCGGUGUGGGAAAGGCCCCACGAGUUCUGGCCCGACCGCUUCCUGCAGCCGGGCAGGUGCCCCCGGGAGCUGGCCUUUGGCUGCGGGGCGCGCGUGUGCCUGGGCGAGCCCCUGGCGCGCCUGGAGCUCUUCGUGGUGCUGAGCCACCUGCUCCAGGCCUUCACAGUGCUGCCGCUGGAGGGCGCCCUGCCCUCUCUGCAGCCUCAGCCCCACAGCGGCGUCAACCUCCUCAUGCAGCCCUUUCAGGUACAGCUGCAGCCCCGGGGUCUGGGGGCCCCGGGCCCGGGCCAGGGCCAGUGACGCGCAGGACCAGAGCAGCCGGGGCCUCCAAGUCUCCUUUAUUGCUCCCAUACAAAUCCCUCCCCCCUGUAAACAUGGUGCUGUGAGAUCGCGGGCA